GCACCUGAAGGCUUUCCUGGAAGAGCUGCUCUCUCCCUUAUCUGUACUAACACCAUCUGGGGAGUUUUUUCUCCUGUUUUGGGCGUCCCCCUGACCCCCGUGUGCCCCCAGGCCCCCGUGCUGCAGUACCUGUACUACCUGGCCCAGAUCGGCAUCGCCAUGUCCCCCCUGAGCAACAACAGCCUGUUCCUGAGCUACCACCGCAACCCCCUGCCCGAGUACCUGUCCCGGGGCCUCAUGGUGUCCCUGUCCACCGACGACCCCCUGCAGUUCCACUUCACCAAGGAGCCCCUGAUGGAGGAGUACAGCAUCGCCACCCAGGUGUGGAAGCUCAGCUCCUGUGACAUGUGUGAGCUGGCCCGGAACAGCGUCCUCAUGAGCGGCUUCUCCCACAAGGUGAAGAGUUACUGGCUGGGCCCCAACUACCAGCGGGAGGGGCCGGAGGGGAACGACAUCCGCCGGACCAACGUGCCCGACAUCCGCGUGGGAUAUCGCUUCGAGACGCUGUGCCAGGAGCUCACCCUGCUCACCCAGGCGCUGCAGGGGGCCGAGCUGGAGCCCAUCCAGGAGGAGGGGGGCAUCACCAUCGCCCUGGGCACGCACUGAGACCCCCCAGAGACCCCCAGGACCGCCCAGGACCCCGCGGGACCGCCCGACACCCCCAAUAGCCCCCAGGGCUCUGCCGCCGUCCCCCCGACCCGGGGCACUGCAGGGGGCAGAGCUGGAGCCCACCCAGGGGAGGGGGGCAUCACCAUCACCCUGGGCACCCACUGAGACCCCCAGAGACCCACAUGAACCCCCCCACGAGACCACCAACCCCCCCAGGGCUCCUCUGCCAGCCCCCCCACCCGCUCCCACCACUGUCCCGGUGCCGCCGAGGGGGACACGGUUUGUUGGGUCCUCACCAUUUCUGUCUGGUUUGGGGCAUUUUUGGGGUCUUGUUUUGUCAUUUUUUGGGGUCUUUUUUGGGUCUUUUUCUGGUUUUUUUAACUGAUGUUUCUUUGCUGGGUUGGGCCCUGCCAGGUUUGGUGGCACCAGGAGGUGACAUGGGGACAGAGUUUGUUGGAUCCUCUCCAUUUUGUCUCAUUUUGGUCAUUUUGGAGGGCUUUUUUUUGGUCUUCUUUUUGUCUUUUCCUGCCUUUUACAACCAGUGUCCCCUCCCUGAGUUUGGUGGCACCAGGAGGUGACACAGGGACAGAGUUUGUUGGGUCUUCUCCAUUUUGUCUGGUUUUGGCUUCUCCAUUUCGUCUGGUUUUGGUCAUUUUUGGGGUCUUUUUUAGUCUUACUCUGGUUUUUAACUGGUGUUUCCUCACUGGGUUGGGUUGGGCCCUGCCAGGUUUGGUGGCACCAGGGGACACAGUUUGUUGGGUCCUCUUUGUUUUGUCUCAUUUUGGUCUUUUUUUUGCUCCCUCUUUGGUCUUUUCCUGCCUUUUUUAACCGGUGUCUCCUCGCUGGGUUGGGCCCUGGUGGCACCAGCAGGUGACACGGGGGGGUCCUGCCUUCACCCCCCGUGUUGGGGACACAGUGACAAGUCGGGGGUCCCUGCUGGGGGUGUGGGGGCAGUGUGGGGGUCCCAGCUCCCCCUCCCCCAGCUCCUGAUGCUCCUGGACCCCCCACCCCCUCUCCGUCCACUCUCCCCCCCAGGGGAUGUGGGGACAAGCCCAGGGGGCUCCUCGGGGACCCCAACCCGGGGUCUCUGCCCCUUCCCACAGGGGGACACGUUGGGGGGCACAUGGGGGAUGGUGCUGGGGGGGGAACCCUCCUCACCCCCCGGGGCUGAAGGCAAAGGGGACACGGUGACCUGUCCCUGGGCCCCCUUUUCCCAGGAUUUGUGGCCCGGAUGAGGCUUCUCCCGUCCCUG